CCGUUUCUGUCGUUCAACAUUCCCUAGGGCUCACCGCUAGGGUUCCCCUAGACUGCUGCACCGGCAUCCUUGCAGUGCAAUCCCAAACCCUGCCAACACAAUCUUGUACCACUACGCAGUUGUUUACUUUCGACUGCUCACUAUUUUCCGGAAUUAGCAGCAGCAAGGAUGCCACACGAGGAGUUGCCUUUCUGGCUAGUCAAUGUUCCUAGAGAUCAAUGGCCGAGCGAGUGCCCGGACUUCUUGAGAGAUAUUAGUGAGAAGGAUAAAGGGAUCAUCGGGACGCCUGACGAACACUACAAGGUGUUGACAUGGGACCAAGUGCGGGACAUUGUAGAGAGCAACCGGGUCGACAAGUUUCAUCGCAUGCCAAGUGAGUUGAGGCGGUAUCGGCAGUUCACCCAUCGGCUGGAGAGGGAUUACGGCAGCAUCAUGAACUUCAUUGUUAAUGAGCGGUUGAAGUGGGGAAGUAUGGAGCCGAAGGGCAAGCCGUUCGAAUUUGAUGACAUCAAGAUACUAUAUAACGACUGGCCAUAUGGCAUCGAUGCAGACGUUGUGCACCUCGUCGUGUGGACCAAGUUUGAACUGGACGACGACCCCGACACUGGGCUCUCUACCGCAGAAUCCCAGAAACAAAUCGGUGAUUACGUACAAAAGACGUUCGCUCCAAAGGUAAAAGAGUUGGUCUGGUUCAAGAAUUGGAAGAGUCUGAAGAGCGUGCAUGCAGUGGAGCACUUCCACGUCAUGUUGUACAGGCCGGACGCUGUGUUCCUAAGGGAGAUUACGAACGGCGAUGUCCCGAUGACUGAGAAGUUCGCCUAGCAAGGAAGGCUGACGGGGCAUUUUGGCUCUAGUACAGUCGAGAAGGGGGAUAAAAACAUGCCGAGUGCUCUCGAUCGUGUUUCCCACGCUCUUGACUGUACGAGAGAUUCGAGAAGGCAACGGGGCAUUUUGGCCUGCCGACGGGAUA